AAAAAGCGUGUGACAUUUGUACAGUCAUUUAUUUGUAGUUUAUGUAGCAAAGCAGCUAAUUGUUUGUAUUGUAUUCUUGUUGUCUGCAUUCAAAACUUUUUUACUUCGUUUAAUUAGUAAUUUCACCUCGAGUCGUAUUUAUGUUUUAAUCCAUCAACAACAUGUUACCUAGAAUAGUGUUGCUAUUCCAAUUUGUUAGCAUAUUUUAUGUUCAACAAGCAUAUGGAAAAUGUUCGAUGCCACAAAUCUUGCGCGGUUCUUGGUUUUCAUGGGAAUCUGGCAAACCAACACUAACCAUAAUUGAUGAUAUCUCAAUGUCGCGCUAUGGUGAAUGUGUUACAUUCCUACGGGAUGGAGCGGAUUAUACGUUUGUUAUGAAAUCAAGACAAGAACAAAAUUGCCAUUAUUGCGUUAAAACCUAUCCAAGAACGUUAAAUGUGUUUGAAAAGACUGUUGGCCCAUGUGUCACAUUGGAAGCGGACAAAGAGCCAACUAUUGAACGUGUAUGCACUGGAAUUAACAUUGACCAGCAACUCAUUACGCUUUUCAACGAGAAUUACAUUCCGAUCAAUUGCCGAUCGUCGUUAGAAGGUGUUUGGCAAUUUGCAUAUCAGAAUCGUUUCCGAUUCACCGGUGAAUGUGACAAUCCAGACGCUCAAAUUCGCUCGUGCCAAACGGCCGGUACACAAUUUUUGAUCACUAAUCAAAAAUUCAACAUCACAUACAAGCAAUGCCAAGGUAUGACGGGAACUUUCAACGGUGUCGUUGAAUACAGUUGUCUGGGCGAUUGGUUUGUUGGCAAGAACCAUUACUUUGCUGUGGCCAACACAAAAGAAAGUCGAAAAGAUGAAAAAUAUCGGUGUUUCUUGAAGAAUCGAGACGAUGACCUUUAUAUUGGUGUUUCAAUUACGGCCGAAUGCAAUACCCUCAAAACCGUCGAAAAAUCUCCGGAGAGAUUGCGUGUGACACCAGUGAAAGCGGAAGUCGUUGAGGCAGGUUGUCGUUUGCCACAGAAUUUCAGCGGUGAUUGGGUCAAUACAGCCAACAUUGAUGCCGAUGUUUUCAUUAAUGAAACUCAUUUGAUUGAAACUUACUACCCGGACAAGGCUCGUUAUCGUCGAACCAUUUAUGUUUGCAAAGAACAGAGAGACACCCGUAUUAUGAUGGCUCGUUUAACUGUUGACGGAUGUCAAAAGGAUUAUGUAUGCUUCGACUUUGUACCAAGACAUCACAAUAUCAUUCGAUUCCGACGUGGUUUGGCUGUGAUAAAGGAUGACUUCAGUACGGUUUGCUCGUGGGUGCAAUUCCCUAACAGAGAAGAAUGGAAAUACGAUCUAUUCUUAUCAAAAAAUCCGGUGCCAGUGCGAUGUCCCGUAGCUGGAAAGUUCAACUUUACGCAAAGAGGCGAACAUCCAUUCAAAACACGUAUUCUUGGUGGUGUUACGUUGAGUCCUCGGCCUGACAUUCGUUGCAAACAAAACAUAUCCGAUUUUUCGGUGUGCGGAACUGAUCAAAAGGAAAUUAUGAUUGAUGAAAACUAUUGUUUGUCCGUGGAUCAUCUUGGUAGACCAGUUGAUAUUUAUCACGACCCCGAUUACAUCCUGCGAUGCAUUGGUUUCUUCAAGGAAAACUUAAAAUCAUACCUUAUUACUUAUGAUGAUUUGGAUCCACUUUCGAAAUAUCGUUGCUGGGUGUAUCAAAGAGCCGAUUUGAAUCGAGUGCUCAUCUCACAAGCUGUCGGUGCAUUCUGUCAUAUCAAACAAGAUGUAACAUCAUGGAAUUAUACUGAAGGAGCGGUCGUCGCUCUGGACAUGACCGAAUACGAAAGAGAACGCGAUCAAUGUCCCAUGUACUUUGAUGAUGGUUCAUAUCCAUGGUCAAACACGGAAAAUUUCAUCAAGAUCUUCAACUGGGACUUUGUACGUAGUUCCGCGGCAAUGUUGCUACCACUCUCAUUAACUAUAGCAAUAACAAUACCAAUUAUGUGCCUUGUGCAGAGACAUUUAUUGCAUUAAGUUGCAUUUUUUUUCACCAGACAAGUCAAAUCAAGAAAAUGAAAUUAGAACAAAAUUCAAAAUUGUCGCUCAAAUUCGCGGAUUAGAUUUAGUUUUGGCGCUUUUUUUGUUAAAUUCAAUUUCCGUCCAUUUCGAAACAUUACGACGCAAUAUUUGAAUCGCAAGUAUUGUAAAGCCAUUGAGUUAGAUUUACACCAGACAUUAGAUUAUAAGGUUAAGGAAUCUAUGAAAAAGAGGUAAACAACGCAGCAGCUCAUUUUAGUACUUUACAAUUCAUUUCACGGCUCGUUUAGCCGUUGAUAUUCAGGUCAAUCCGUUCAGAUUUGAUGAAUGAAUCUCACGUUUUUCAAUUACGUACCACUUUUGAGGUGCGAUAAGAUAAAAAUUUUUUUACAUUCAUUUUUGACAAGAGGUAGAAAGAGAGAUAUGUAGAAUGUUCGUUCCAGUAGUGUCUUAUUAAUGUCUUGAAAUUCAAACGCAAAACAAAAGUAAAUAAACAAACCAAACUAAAAA